GCGGCGGGUUGGCGGCUUAGAAAGUGAAAGAAAAAAAAAGCGCUGAAGUUCUUACAAUUUAGUUCGCUUUCCUUUCCACCGAUGAGAAAAUGAGCUCGAAAUGCGACGGCACUACUCAUCUCGAAAUUCUUCUCCGAUCGGAAUCUUCCCAGAACUGUAUCUCCGAAGAGAAGUCCCGGAUUCUUGGGGAUUUCGUCACUCGCGAAGUCAAUGCGUUCCUCUGGUUUUCUCUCAUCGCCAUCACUGUGGUUCUGAUCGGCAAGGUUGUUGAGCUCUUCAGAUUGUGGUCGAAGGCGAAGCAACUUCCCGGACCUCCUAGUCCGUCUUUCUGCGGUCACUCCAAGGUCAUUUCGCGCCGGAAUCUCACGGAUGUAUUAUAUGACUCUCAUAAAAAAUAUGGACCAGUCGUCAAGCUAUGGUUGGGUCCCAUGCAGCUUUUGGUGUCUGUAAAAGAGCCAGCUCUUCUCAAAGAAAUUCUGGUGAAGGCCGAGGAUAAAUUGCUUUUGACAGGAAGGGCAUUCAGAUUGGCAUUUGGGCGUUCAAGUCUCUUUACUUCCUCUUUCGAGAAGGUGCAAAACAAAAGACGGUGGCUAGCAGAAAAGUUAGAUGAAAUAUUAUUCCAGAGAGCUAAUGUUUUUCCUGCAAAGGCUGUAGAUUAUUCUGUAGGGAGAGUGCAAGAUAUUAUGAUUGAAGAAGGUGUAGAUUGUAAUAAGGUUUCUCAACAUUUGGCUUUUACAUUGUUAGGGUGCACACUUUUUGGGGAUGCUUUUUUGGGUUGGUCCAAGGCAACCAUCUAUGAGGAACUUCUGAUGAUGGUUGCAAAAGAUGCCAGCUUUUGGGCCUCCUACAGAGUUGCUCCUUUCUGGAAACAAGGAUUCUGGCGGUACCAGCGCUUGUGCAUGAAAUUGAAAUGCUUAACACAAGAUAUUGUUCAGCAAUGUAGAAAACAUUGCAAGCUCUCCUCUCACUCCCAGAAUCAAAACCUUCAAAAUGAAAUCAAAAGUACUGGUGUGGAGGCUGAAUUUGUCAUACCACGCUGUCCUGCUACCGAGAUGCGUAAUAGCUGUUUCUUUUAUGGUCUUCAUGAUCAGGUUAAUCCUAAUGAAGAACCAAUUGGAAAUAUUAUGGGUGUGAUGUUUCAUGGAUGUCUAACUACCGCAAAUUUGAUUGCUUCCAUUUUGGGAAGGCUUGCCACAAAUCCUGAAAUACAAGAAAAGAUCAACUCAGAACUAAAUAUAGUACAACAGGGCUCGGUGAAAGAUCACCAGAAAAAUGUUGAUAACAUGCCGCUUCUGUUGGCAACUAUAUAUGAAUCUGCUCGUCUUCUGCCAGCAGGGCCUCUGUUACAAAGAUGUUCACUUAAACAAGAUUUGGUCCUAAAGACUGGUAUAACCAUACCGACCGGAACUUUAGUUGUUGUACCCUUAAAAUUGGUACAAAUGGAUAAUUCAAGUUGGGGAAGUGAUGCGGAUAAGUUCAAUCCUUACCGUUUUUUAUCAGUGGCUUGUAAUGGCGCGGAUAUGAGUCAGCGAACAUCACUUGCAGGAGAAAAUGCUGGGGACGAAGGAGAGAGCUCCUUUGUUUUGAACGAUCCAACCGGCAAUGUUGCCUUUCUUCCCUUUGGCUUUGGUGCACGUUCCUGUGUUGGUCGGAAAUUUAUCAUACAGGGAGUAGCAACACUAUUUGCCUCUUUGCUCGCCAACUACGAGAUUAAACUUCAGUCAGAAUCCAAGAAUGACUCGAAGCUGUCAUCAAAUACCUCUGCAUCGCAAAUGCUUCCGAAUUCGAAGAUAGUCUUCGCAAGGAGGAACAGCUAAAGAACAAGUAGCUAAAAGCUCACACCCACAUAGGAUAUAAUAUAUGUAUUUCAGGUCAGUUUACUAAUAUUUUCUGUGAAUAGUUCUUACGGGGAGUUCUGUGUUCUUUCUCCCCCGACUCGUUAUGGGAGGCUGGGACACAUGCUUUUUCCCUCCCUAUGCUUAUAGGAGCUCGAGCACUGCCUUUUCACUGUUUUAUCACGUGUUUUUUAAGCGCUCGAGUUCU